AUGGAUCUUCAUCUGGGUGACAAAGAGCCUCUCAAAAUCUGGCUGCUUCAUCUGUUGGUGAUCUGGACAUUUAAUUUGGGGAACAUUUGCGAGAAACUGGGCCUCUGUGGUCAAAUGAAGUUUGUAAGAUUUGUAUCGAGUUUAACGCCAGCAGGAAAGGAUCCAAACAUCUACCUUAGAGAUACAACAUUUGAGAAUGUACCAGUAACGAUUUACCAGCCCAAAAGAACAAAUCCUGGCCUACGAAAAGGGCUGGUCUUCCUACAUGGAGGAUGUUACAUGUUUGGAAGCAAAAAUAUUUAUAAUGGACUAUGCUGCUAUCUUUCUCGAGAAAGUGAUUCAGUGGUAGUAUUUGUAGAUUAUCGUUUAGGUCCUGAGCACCAAUAUCCUGCCCAGUUAACAGAUGCCAAAGCUACAAUCCUGCAUUUUAUGAAACACGCCGAAGACUAUGGAGUCAAUCCAAAUCACAUUCUUCUUGCUGGAGACAGCAGUGGUGGAGCCCUGGCUGCUGCGCUUUGUCAAGAAUUUGUAAAAAUAGGGAACCAGCCAAAGAUCCGAGCACAGAUCUUGAUAUAUCCUUUCCUGCAGAGAAUAGACUACAUGCUACCAUCCCAUUUUCAAAACCAACAUGGUCCUCUUCUUACCAGAAAGCGGUAUUUAAGCAUUCCUUUAAAACUUCUUAACCAGAAAGGUGUAGACAAAGAAAAAAUGGGAAGGAAUGGCCAUGUUCCUGAAGACCUGAGGCAGAAAUUCAAGAAAUUGAUUAAUGCAGAUCUUCUCCCCAGCGAGUUUAAAGCCCGAGGUUAUAAUCCCCCAAUGCCAUGCCCAUUUUCAAAAGAACUGUAUGAAGCAACUAAUAUGAAAGAGCUGACAAUGCGGUCACUAAUUAUCGGAGAGGAUGACAUUAUAAAGCAAUUUCCCGAGACGUACAUUUUGACCUGUGAAUAUGACCUACUUCGGGACGAAGGAUUUCUCUACAAAAAGCGACUGGAGGACAAUGGGGUCCCUGUGACUUGGAAUCAUCUGCAAGAGGGAUUCCACGGAUUUAUAACAUUUAUCAACAGUAGAGUUUUUGAAUUUACAUUUACAAAACCAGCAGUUGAAAACAUGGUUUCCUUUAUUAAGGGGCUCUGA